UGCUGAAAGCCAGUCAGAGAGCAAAAGGAAUUCGGAGACUCACAGAAGCCAAACAGGAAAACUGAAUUCAAUCUAAAGCACUGUAACAGAAAGCUCUGGAGAAUGUGUAAAGGAUUAGCUGCCUUACCUCAAACCUGCCUGGAAAGGGCUAAGGAGAUCAAGUCAAAAUUGGGAGUUUUACUGCAAAAACCAGAAAAUGCCAUCGACCUCAUCAUCCCCUACAAUGAGAAGACUGAAAAGAAGCCAGAGAAGCUGCAGAAGCCGACUCCUGAGGAGGCUGCUCAAUGGCGUGAGAGUCUGGACCGAGUCCUGAACAACAGCUAUGGACUGGCUACUUUCCGCAGCUUCCUGCAGUCCGAGUUCAGUGAUGAGAACAUUGAGUUCUGGAUGGCCUGUGAGGACUUCAAGAAGAUCAAGAACCCUGUGAAGAUGGCUGCUAAGGCAAAGAAAAUCUAUGAGGACUUCAUUCAGUCUGAGGGACCCAGAGAGGUGAACAUUGAUCACUUUACCAAGGAUGUGACCCUCAGGAACCUGGUGGAUCUUUCACCUGCUACCUUUGAUCUGGCUCAGAAGAGGAUUUUUGCCCUGAUGGAGAAAGACUCCUUCGGCCGUUUCCUCCGGUCUGAGCAGUACCAGGACCUCCUGGUCAACUAAGCCUAGAAGCAGGAGUCUGGGGGUUGGAGGGGGGUGGGAAGGUUUCAAAUAGCAGCUGAAACAAUCUGAAAGAAAUGAUGACUUUAAAAUUAAAUACAGCCAAUAAAUUUCAAUUGUGUAAGACAGCUUGAAGACUUUCAUUUUGCAAAAUCCAAAUUAAACAAAAAAAGAAACAAAAAUUUGAAUUCAGCUUAACUGAAAUACUGCAUUUUGAAUCGGCCCCAUCUCCCCACCUUAUACACAUAUUCCUGAAUUUCUUUCCAAAUUAGGACCAUUGGAAACAUUAAUUCCUAAAGUUCCCCCUUGUUAAAACUCCCCCAGAAUAAUUCAAUUUGCUUAAAAUGCCCUUAAUAAAUAAAGUGUUAAACAAAUAUAAAGUCAAAGUAUAGAAACACACUAGGCCACAAAGUCAGCUCUUUAACUACUGGGUGCAAAAACAGAGUAUCCCCUGAAAACAUGACGUUACAAAUAAUUGUGGAUCAGAGUGCUUGACAAUUGGAUUUGUGUAUAAGCUUGACCCACUGACAGACGUGCAUUUUGCAGCAACUGUCGAGUAUUACUCUCAGAGUCAGAGCAGAAACAAUACCAGCCAAAAAAAGAGCUUUGAGAUUUGUGUUUCUUUGUGAAUGAAGAAGAGGUUUGCUAGUUUAUUUGCUUGGCCUUGUCUAAUUUGUUCUCACCUUUGUUUUAUUUUCUUUGGUGUGGAAACAAUCCCAAGUAGAUGAAUUAAAACUUAUAGUGUCACAAGCUGGAUCACAGAUGCAGCUGAGUCUGUUACAUACUACAACUACAGGGUAAAGGUAGUGUCAAUAUCACAAUACAUUUUAAUGUAAAUAAAUCUUAUAUCAGGGCUGUUUGCACCAGAGAUCCACUCAUGCCCCACAAAGGAAUCAAAUUUAGAAUAGUUUGAUCAUAUUGGGACCUAGUAAACUUCAUAAACUCCAUAUCAUAGCCCGUUCUUACCCAUUCCUAUACACAAAACAUGCCUCCAUCUACAUUUGUUUGUAUUUCUUCUCCAGUAAAAGACAUUAAGUAUUGUAGAUAACUAAAUGUAAGAUUGGCUGUUAUGCGGUUUGUGUUUUUUCAAAGAAUACUCAAAUUUAGUAGCUGUUGCGCAACAUAGGCAGUGAAAUCUGUGGAUUCUCUUAAAAACCUUCAGCUUAUACCAAAUAUCUUGUCCUUUUUUGACAAAAUAAUUUAAUAGGAGACUUGUAUCAAAGCAAAACUAACCAUUAUCACAUAACUUUAUUCUGCUUCUCUCAUUCACUUUCUCACUCUUAGAUAAAUACAAAAAAAACAUCUGGAUAUUCACCAAAUCCAACUUUUUGAUUGAAAUAAACCCUAUGGGAGCCAUUCCUGAGGACAGUGCUGACUAGUUGGCUCAGUGGCAUAGCUCCAUGGCUACCACUAAACUGCAAGUUGCUAAGAUGGGAAAAUCAAGUAGGAGGGAAUCUCAGAAAAAGGAGUAAACAGAGCAGUGGCUUUAUACAAAGAGAGCUUUUUUUCCCAUGUGAUAAUACCAAAGUGAUAUGUAUGCAUGCAGAGUCCCUAAAAAGGUCCAGACAAAAACAUGGGAGACAGAACUUGAAAGUAUGCAGCACUUGACAAUCUCCUCUUUUUGUGGCGAAUCAUCUAAUUAUUGGCUUUUAAUUACAAAUUAUGCAACACAUGCAUAACAUUUUAAAUAAACAUUUAUAAAAUCUUUGGGAGCAUUAUGAUAAAAAUCACUCCUCACCAAACUUCUGAUGUUCUUUUACAAGUUUACCAUUUACAAUAACCACAAGUUAUUAAUCACCCUUCUGUACUGUAUGAAAACACCAUCUUAUGCUUGGCUGAAACAUAAACAGAUGUAAUGCAGAGAUCAAUGUUAGGGUGCAAUGUUUAACUGUCCAACUACAAACAUGUAGCUGAAUGUAGUUGAAUGUAGCAAUCGUUGAGCGUGAUAUAUUUACUCUCUUCUGAUUUUUCUUCUAUUUAGUAAAAACAUUGUGUUUAACCAACUCAAAUAUUAUUUAUAUUCAGCAUUUUAAGUCCUUAUUGUUCCUAAAGUGCAAAUAUAGCACAUCCAUAUCUGAUAUGAAGCAUUUUUAAUCACUUUUUAAUUGAAUUUAUGAUUGUAUUGAUUUCAAAAACAACAAAUUUGCAAAACUCAGUUUGUCUCAGCUUUGUACAGCAUUGACAAGGGUUUAUUAUGGCACAGAUUGACCAGUCUGAUGUCAUGACCUGAAAUGUUAUGAGUGAAAAAUCUGCAUCAUCCCAAAACAAACAAAAGAAAUCAAUAAGGGCUUUCAGAGUGCUGAGUAUGCAUUAAUGGAUGUAGCCUUGCAUGUACGAAUUGUAGUGGAUCACAUAAAAAUAUUUAUGCAUACAAUUCCUGAAGAUGUAUUUAUUUAUAUGUGUAAAUAUCUAAGUUGUUCUCAUAUACAGCAAUGGAAUUCAUGAGUCUUUGAAUGGAGAGCUGGAAAAGACUCAAUCAGGGUCUUUUCAUUGUUAUAAAGGACAAAACAUUUGA